GAGAUCAGCUGAUCCCCCGGAUGCUGACGAAGAUCCGCGGAUUCGGCCGACUUUGUGGCGCGGAUUUGGGAGCCGAUGGUGACAGCGGCCGAACUGGUGGGCCUUCAGGUGGUGCGGCCAGGCCCAGGUUUCUCAUCGUUGAAAACGAAGGAGAAGCCUAGGUCGCGCUGGUGGCACAGGGCGUUGCGCAUCGACUUCUAUGCAUGUCGACUGAUUUUGAUUUGGCUUCUGCACUUCCUGGACCUUUGUACCGACAUUUGGGUGGCUGUGGUGCUCAUGGAGGAAGGACGAGAGACCUUGUUCGCUUUGUCAGUGACCUUUCUGCUCAUCCCGACCUUGCUUCGCUGGGCGAUGACGAGCUUUACGAUGAACCCUUGCACGCCAGACUUCUUGGGGCUGCGCGAGGAGAAUCCACCGGUGUGUCCCAAGCUGGCCUAUGUGCCCAUUCUGGGCGAGCUUGUGGUGGUGGUGAACGCCAUCAAGACCAAUUGGAAGUUUCAGGGUCGAACUCGCCGCUCCAAGAUGGAGGAGGCACAAGACGUCUCCGGUGCGCUGGUGAUCUUGCGGAUGGUGGAGGGGGCCUUCGAAGCGAUGCCACAGGCCAUCAUUCAGGGCAUAGUGCUCUAUGAGGAUUUGGUGGCGGGACGCGUUCGCUUCAUCCAAUGGCAAUCCUUCUUCGUGUCCUUCCUCGCUUUGGGCACCAGCCUCUCUUCGGUAGCCCUAUACCACCAAAGCACUGCUUCCGAGGAGCGUCGGGAGCGUGACAGAAGGGAUGCCAAGCAGGAGUCUCACUGGUACUUGUUGAAAGGUCUCUCUUUGGCCUUGUUCCUCGCAGCGGACAGCUUUCUUCGCAUGAACGCGAUUGCAACGGUGCUGUACAGUGAGAACUUGGCCCUGUGGUUUCCCAUCUACCUCGCGGUGGUCUAUGCUGGUUUGCCAUUCUUACUAGUCACGGGUACUCUCAUCGCGGCAAUUUGCUGCAGCAAGAAGGACGAAGGCCGUCUCACAUGUUGCGGACACCUCUCCGUUUUUGCGAUUAUGUACACUGGGACGCUGAUCAUGUGCGGCUUCGCGUUUUUGAUCCCCUUGGACUUGGUGAUGUGUAGCACGAGCGUCCCACCAUUCUCGCUGCUUCGCUUGCUGGAGCACUUGGCCAUGAGCAUCUUAAGCCUUUACGUCUCGGCGCCAUUAACCUGGGUACCUUUCGCGGUGUGCAUAGUCUCCUUGCUUUCCAUGGUGCCUGCACGGCUGAUGUUGGGCCUUCCAUGUGGGGAGGACCUCGUCCUGAAGAAGCUUCCUCGCACCUGCUUCUUCCGUGUGAAAGUUACCCCUAUACAUGAGGAGCCAGAGGCAUCAGUGCCGCUGGGUGAUGAGUCUUGUUGGAUCAAGAAGGUCACCGAGCUCAGCUACCGGGGCUUCACCAUUGGGCAUCUCUUGGACUUUUGCCAGGUGUUAGGCAGCAGCUCGGUGAUGCCCCACUUCGAUGCAAGCCAGCACAGCACCAACGACGUGGUGCGUCAGGCGAUCAUUCCAUGGAGUCGCCUGGAGGGCAGCUGGAGCCAGAUUCAGCAGGGACAUGGUCUCCUCGCACGAGACGGCCGCGCAAUGGCCUCCUGCUUGGAGGGUGUGCCCAAACAGGCACAGGUGAUGGUGACGCACAAUUGGGACAACCUGUUCUCCCACCUCGUCGCCGCGACGCUGGCCAGCAUAUUGGAGUUUUGCACCUUUGACCACAUCUUGGCGCAGAUGACCUCUCCGGAUGGCCUCCAGGAGCUGCGAAGGCGAUGUGAAAAAGCAGGUCACAUCAACUUGUGCAUUUGGAUUUGCGCCUUUUCCAUCAAUCAGCAUGCCAGCAUUUGUGGUGGUUUCGGCCCUGCUCCGGACGACCCGGAGGCCUUCAGACACUUCGACCGCAAGCGCCGUGACAGGGUGACCCAAGAAAUCUACCGGACCUGUACGUGUACCUCUACGAAGUACUUCAACAAUGUGCCAGACCAAUGUGAGUUGAACAAAUUUGAUGCCAUGAUGCAUUUCUUGAACCAGCACGUGGCGAACUUCCGUCAAGUCGUCGCCGUGGACGCAGCCUUCGACCUCUUCAGCCGAGCCUGGUGUGUGGCGGAACUGGUGGAAGCCCGACGGUUGAAGCUGAAGCAAGUCUUGGUCGUCUAUAGCAAGGAGAUUGUGGCUGGGAAGACGGAGUCCCUGAAAAGCAUUCGGGUGCAGGAUUGCGAAGCCUCGCGCCGGGAGGAUGUUGAAGAGAUCUUGGCCAAGAUCGAAGACAAGGAGAAGUUCAAUCAAGAGCUCCAGCGGGCACUCUUCACUGACAGCGACAGCUUGUUCCAACAGCUUUUCCGUAGUCAGCUGGCCAAGAGCGACCUACACAGUGCCAUUCUAGAUGCCUUGGCAUGAUGACAGCAGCCGGAGAUCUUGAACUCGGCGCGAGCUUUGGAAUUUCGGAGCUUUCCGAAGCCACAUGAAGACGUGAGCAGUGAUGGAAGAUGAUGGACGUGACUUGGCGAAAUUCAUGGGUCAUUGGGUCUCGAAAUCAUGAUCAUCGCUACUUAUAGUUGCAAAAAACUACUAGUUUCGUCCCUCAAGGUGGACGUGCGAUGAAGUGCCCCGAAUUUUCCUCGGACUGGCACUGGAGCUGGCCGCAGCUGCGGGUCAUCGUUGCCUGGUUGAAGCUCGGAUGAAAGGCUCUUUCUGGAUGAAGUGCGGACGGCGGACGUUCGAGCUGGACAUCCCAAACUUCGCUGCGUUGAUCGAACUGUUGGUCUUGGACCCCUUCUCCUACAAGGCUCCUGCCGUCAUGAUUGAGUUGCUCCAGCACGUCCCGCGGUACACGAUCCAUCGGCGGCAGACCGCCUCGGUCUGACCUGUGCCCUGC